ACCAGUGCUUCGAUAAGGUAUUUCUCAUAACUUUCCAAUUUUAUUAAAAAAUACUUCCCAUUCAAAAUAACUAUAUGAAAGUAUAAAAUAUCAGUUUUAUUGAUAAUAAUAAUAUCAAUAAUGUCUAUCCGUUUAUUUGAGAGCAUAAAACACGCCAACAUUUAUGCCAAAUACAGGGCCACUGUUGCCGACAAUGUGAUCAAAGCUAUUUUAGAGUAUCUAGGUCAUAAAUUGCCGACAAACCAAUGGGAUACUGUUGUGGACGUGGGCUGCGGCACUGGUCAGGGGACCAAUAGUAUUGCCCCGUACUUUAAACAUUGUUACGGGUUUGACGUAAGUGCUGCCCAGAUUAAAGUGGCCAAAGAGUCACCGCAUGCCGAUAAUGUCCAAUUUGAGGUUUGUCCGGCAGAGAGUUUACCGUCGAUCACAGCAAACAGUGUCCAAUUGGUGACCGCUUUUCAAUGCGUCCAUUUCAUCGACUUUGACAAGUUUAUUGACGAAACAUCGCGCGUUUUGGCCGAUAAUGGUGUGCUAGCACUGGUAGGCAAUCAAAUUGGCGAUACAAUAGACCCGUGUAAUCCCGAUGACAGGACUAUUGCUAAACUUGUUUACGAUACCCGACGGGAUCCCCGAAUGAUGGCCUACAAUCACCCGAAUCGAUCACAGCUUGAGAAUUAUUAUCGCGAUUAUAAAUUUCCAGCCAAUUAUGAGUACCACUACUUGGAUAAUAUCACGGCCACCAAAACGGUUACCGCAGCUGACAUUCUCGGCCGCAUUGAGUCUGCUUCCCGAUAUCAGUCACUGGCCAGUAAUGAGCCGCAAACGGCAAAAAAACUGUCUCAAGAGUUUACCGAUAAUUUGAAAUCACUAUUGAAAUGUGAGGACUUGUCGGCUAAACAAUUAACAAUGAAUUAUAACUAUUUUAUAGCAAUGGGUCGUAAAAUUAGUAAUUAA